UUCAUUUGAAAAUACGAAUAAAAUACUUAAAAAUUGGUGAUGGAGGUCAAGGUCUUAUUUCUCAACAUGUCAUCAAAUUAACUAUUUCUAAUUUUACUUCUUUAUAAAAGCUUUGACAAUGGGGAAAAAUAGGAAGAGAGAAAUUGUGAGUGCUUCAAAGGAAGAGUUGUUGGUUAUCACUGUGUCUGAGAUUGUCAGUGAACUUAUUAAAGCACAUGAACAAAACAAGGAUGUUAAUUUAAACAGAGUGAAAUCAAAGAUUGCAAGUAAAUAUGGUCUUCCUAGCCAGCCAAGAUUGGUUGAUAUCAUAGCAGCUGUUCCACAACAGUAUAAAAAGGUGUUGCUACCAAAGCUUAAAGCAAAACCAGUGAGAACUGCUAGUGGUAUUGCUGUUGUUGCUGUUAUGUGUAAACCUCAUAGAUGUCCACAUAUUGCAAUGACUGGAAAUAUCUGUGUGUAUUGUCCUGGAGGUCCAGAUUCAGAUUUUGAGUAUUCUACGCAGUCAUAUACUGGUUAUGAGCCAACCUCAAUGAGGGCAAUAAGAGCCAGAUAUAAUCCCUAUCUCCAAACAAGACAUAGAGUCGAACAGUUAAAGCAGCUUGGACACAGUGUAGAUAAGGUGGAGUUUAUUGUGAUGGGUGGGACAUUCAUGAGUUUACCUGAUGAUUACAGGGACUAUUUUAUCAGAAAUCUCCAUGAUGCGUUAUCAGGUCACACUAGCAGCAGUGUGGAUGAGGCUGUCAAAUACUCUGAAAGAAGCAAGACAAAAUGUAUAGGCAUCACCAUAGAAACACGACCUGAUUAUUGUCUCAAAAAACACACAAGUGAUAUGUUAAAGUAUGGUUGUACAAGAUUGGAGAUCGGUGUACAGAGUGUGUACGAGGAUGUGGCUAGAGAUACAAAUAGAGGUCACACAGUACGAGCAGUGUGUGAAUCUUUUCAUAUGUCAAAGGAUGCAGGAUUUAAAGUGGUCGCACAUAUGAUGCCAGAUCUGCCAAACAUGGGCCUAGAGAGGGAUAUAGAUCAAUUUAUUGAAUUCUUUGAAAAUCCUGCAUUUCGGCCUGAUGGUUUAAAAAUCUACCCAACUCUUGUGAUAAGAGGAACAGGUUUAUAUGAAUUAUGGAAGACUGGCAGAUAUAAGAGUUAUCCCCCUUCAACUUUAAUAGAUCUUAUAGCAAGAAUUCUUGCCUUGGUUCCUCCAUGGACAAGGGUAUACAGAGUGCAAAGAGAUAUACCGAUGCCGUUGGUGAGUUCUGGUGUUGAACAUGGUAAUCUUCGUGAGCUGGCUCUUGCGAGGAUGAAAGAUCUAGGAACUCAGUGUAGAGAUGUUAGAACUAGGGAAGUUGGCAUCCAAGAAAUACAUCAUAAAGUUAAACCAUACGAGGCUGAGUUGAUAAGACGUGAUUAUGUUGCAAAUGGAGGCUGGGAAACAUUUUUAUCAUAUGAAGACCCAGAGCAAGAUAUUCUUAUUGGAUUAUUACGUCUUAGAAAGUGCUCAGAAGAAACAUUCAGACCAGAGCUUAAAGGAGGUGUGUCAGUGGUUCGUGAGUUGCACGUUUAUGGAAGUGUCGUUCCAGUACAUGCACGAGAUCCUACCAAGUUUCAACAUCAGGGUUUUGGUAUGUUAUUGAUGGAGGAAGCAGAGAGGAUAGCACUAGAGGAACAUGGCUCUCAUAAAAUUGCUGUCAUCUCAGGUGUUGGUACCAGAAACUAUUACAGAAAGAUUGGAUAUGAACUUGAUGGACCUUACAUGUCAAAAACUCUUUUAUAAAGUCACACAUUUACAUUAUGGAAAUAAAAUGUUUAAAAGUGACCUGCAUAAGGCUGCAUCAACACUUGCACAAGCUUCUGUGAACAGAUCAUGGACAGAUCAAUAUAUGAUCAACAUACCUUUAUGUUUAAUGCUACAAAUUCAAAUGUUUUUUGAUAUAUUGUUCUACCAGUGGUGCAUUGCAAACAUAUUCAUACGCACAAUAAGACAAUAAUCUGUGAAUGUUUUGCAACUGAAAGUUUACUUCAGAUAAUAUUUGGGAACUAAAAGUUAACUUCAGAUAAUAUUUGGCAACUGAAAGUUUACUUCAGAUAAUAUUUGGGUAUGGAAAGUUUACAGAAAGUUUUCUGCAGAUAAUAUUUGGGUAUGGAAAGUUUACUUCAGAUAAUAUAUGGAAACUGAAAGUUUACUUCAGAUAAUAUUUGGGAACUGAAAGUUAACUUCAGAUAUAAUUUGGGUAUGGAAAGUUUACAGAAAGUUUUCUGCAGAUAAUAUUUGGGUAUGGAAAGUUUACUUCAGAUAAUAUAUGGAAACUGAAAAUUUACUUCAGAUAAUAUUUAGGAACGGAAAGUUU